UCAUGUCACCCAAAUCAUUACUUAUUCAAUUCAAAUAGUCAAGGCGUGCAUCCCUAUACUCAAAUAACCACAAGAGCCAAGUGAGCCACAACAUGAUUAACCCGGAGUUUUUAAGAUGAGGUUUUUAUCGAAAGUUAAGAAACUGUUUCUUAACUUUUAACUAAAAAAGUUAAGAACCGGUUCUUAAAUAAGGACUCUAAAAACCAGUUCUUAAUUUUUUAAGUUAAAAGUUAAGAAACAGUUUCUUAAUUUCCGUUAAGAACUCUACUCUAAGAACCACGUGUUAGUCAUGGUCUCAGGUCCGCUGCUCCAAGACUAUUAAUUAUGAAAAAGAUAAAAGACACUUUAGCUUUCAUUAUUUUCUUCCCUCGAAUCAAAUGCUCCAUAACAAAUGGAUAUUAUAUAGAAUUUUUAAUCAAGAUAUUUACACAUAUACUGAAAUUUGGAUUUUAAAAAUCGUUUUCUGCAUGUGUCGUUUUUUUUUUGCCUAAAGCAUGUUUCGUUUAUUCCACCUUUUGCUUUUCAUUUUUUCACAAGACUUUUACUUUUGAUCCCCCCAUGCAAAGAUAACGUUUAAAUUAAUUCGAGCAUCGAAUUUUUGCUCGUGGUUCAUGUGGUGAAGUUAUGUAUCAUUAGUAGUAGUAUGUAACUAUUCUCAUAAAUUAUUCAAAGGCCAAUAGUUACGUAAAGGCUAAUCCACAGCGAUCCUAACUCGGAAAAGAAGUGGCUUUAAUCAGUGUCUCAAUUAGUUAAAUACUACUACUUAAUUGCAGCAUAAUUGGUUUGCAAAGGAAGCUUAGUGAACAAGACCACGUGCGGGAAAUAACAAGAUUGAUAAGAUAAGAAAAGUAUUAGCUUGUAGGACAAGUCUUAUCAAUUGAUAAAAAGGGGCACAAUCUAGGAGUUCACGUUCUCGUUAAGACAAGAGUGAAAACUAGACAGAGAAAGUAAAGAUCGAUGAGCUCGGUUGAAAAAGCGGCGGCGGUAGAGAAUGGUGAGUGGCGACAACGACGGUUGGGCCCGGAACAAGGGAGUGUGUUCCCAAAGAAGAGGAAACUGGUGAAGACGAUGAUCUUGGAGGCUCUGUUUUCAUCUCGCCCUUCUUUGAAGUCCAAGCAGAUAGCAAAGCCGCCGUGUAGCAAGCGCGUGCAGCCCACGGUCCGGUAGCCUCCAAGUGAUAUUCUACUUUUUGUUGGAGUAAAGAAGAAAUCAAUUUGGAUCGGAACCUAGAACAAGUUAAAUUAGUCUUCUCCCCGUAAUGUCCUCUCCUCUCUGUCUCACAUGUAAUAUCAUUUGUGUUCUUUGCUUUAUGUACGAAAAAUAUAGCUGCAUGUGCUAUUAAUUUUGCUUGUUUAUUUGUGUUUACAUAUUUGAUUCCUCGUGUAUUCGUGUUAAUUUAAGAUUACUACGUAUGAGAUUUAAGAAGCA